CAAACCCUUCACAGGGUCCCCACCCCAGCGCCCCGAUAUAAAAUUCCCAGUCCCUGCAGCCAGGCUGGGCUGGGAAUGGGAGCAGGAGGAGGAGGAGGAGGAGGCGGCCAUGGAGAGCAGCAUGAAGCAGGUGGUGCUUGAAGAGGAGGACUCGGGGAACGGCUGCUGCUGCCCCGGCUGCUGCCUGCCCUGCGCCACGUGCUGCGCCAAGUGCUGCACCAAAUGCAGCUUGUGCUGCGCCAAGUGCUGCUGCCUGCCCAAGUGCUGCCAGUGCCCCAAGUGCCCCAAGUGCCCCAAGUGCCCCGGCUGCGCCAGCUGCUCCGGCUGCCUCAAGAAGUCGCUGUGCUUCGUCCCUCGGCUGCUGUGCUACCUGCCCCGCAAGCUGCUGGGCUGCGGCCGCCUCCGCUGCCUGCUGAUCGCCGUGGUCGUGGUGGUGCUGCUGGUGCUGAUCAUCGCCGGCGCCCUGCUGAUGUGGCUGAGCGUGGAGCAGCGCCGCGCCGACACCGUCCUGCGGGGCAGGGUGUGGGCCGGAGCGGCCUGGGAAGAGGACACGGCCACUUUCUACCUGGACAGCGGGGACGGGAACGCGGCCACGGUCAUCUAUGACUACAGGAACCUGCUGGUGAGCUACAGAGCCCGGCUGCACCGCGCCUGCUACGUGACCCGCGUGGACAGGGACAACAUCCCGGGGCUGGACACGGUGCUCGAGACCUUCCAGCGCCGCCAGGCUGAGGACAGGAUCUCCGUGCCCCUGGCUGACCGCUCCCUCCUGGGCACCACGGCGGGCAUCCUGUGCCGCCUCCUCCCGGUGUACUGGGCUUAGCCCCGCGGGGUGGGCAGGGGGCCGCGGGACCCCCCAGCAACGCCCCCGCAGCGCCAGCUUUGCCUCGCAGCGCCCCCGACAGGCACAGCCCCGCUGGGAGCACCCUCCGCGGCCGCCCCCGCGCCCCCCACCCAAAUUUUGGGGUGCGGGGGGUGGGGAGGGGUCAGGGGGUCGGCGCGGGGGGGGCUGCGGGCGCGGGGCCCUGGGCGGGGCGGGGGUGUCUGCGCUGUGCCGGGGGACAGCUGGUUUGUCACUUAAGUCUUCUCAGCUUCGCCAAACCCAAGUGCAAAAAUGAGCUUAAAAAAACAUGACAUUUAAAGAAAACACAA